AUGGAUCCCUAUAUUGAUACCAUACCGGACGACCACGGCGAAGAAAUUAAGAAACGCGUGAGAGAACGAGAUGAUCCCGAUAACGAAGGACGUCCAACAAAGCGUGCGAGAGCAAGUACGAGUGCCCUCUUACCACCAGAAGGCGAUCGACAGGAUAUCGAAGAGCCUCUCAAGCCCGAAGACGACCUGGACAAGUACGAUCAUGAACGCCUUCAGCAGGGGCUGAGGUAUAUUGACGGGGCGGCAAAACGGAAAAUCACUCCUCGCACUCAGGAGUUCCUCAAACUUCAUAAAGACGCCUAUAAGGUUGCUUUAGACGGUGAGGUCCCAGACAAAGCUUCUCGUGCAGUUGUGCAAGCUAUGGACAAGGUGUAUUUUUCUGCUGCGUUUUAUCUCAAGCCACGCUCAUCAGAGGAGCAUGAACAUCUUAUGUACUACGUGAAGCUACGACGACUAGAGUUCCUGGCCAACUACGGCGACUAUCUCGGACAAGAACUGCAGAUUAUUCGGGCAGAUCUCAAUGCAGCAGCCAUCGGCGUUGACUCUGAGAUACAAAAGGCAGCGCUAGAACUCGGACCAUCAAAGACAUGGAUUACCAUCGCAAACGAGCUGGCUGGCGCCGACGUUGCUGACCUUCGCAAACAUGUGACUAUCGCUUGCGCUGUUCUCGGCAUCGACUCGGAACACAUGUUAUGGCUUAUCAAAGAAUGGGCGGAGAGAAAUCGCGUCUUCCGCAGUCAAAUCCGUCAAUACAUUUCAGAUUGUCAUUGGAACCGCCUCGCCGAGCAAAUCUGCCGCGAUCUCACGGAAUUGCUCAAUGUGGCGCCUGAUAAAGAUACGGCGGCAAAGUACGAGAAGGUCUUACUCAGCAUCCAGAAUGAAUACUUCGAUGCCAUAAGUCGUGAUGACCCUCAGCUUUGGCUAUUGAAUGAGAAAUCCGAGAAGCUAACUCAGGAGAAACUGGGGAGGGAGAAGAAGCGGGCUCAGAAAUAA